AUGAUAGUUAUAAACAAUUUGGCAAUGUGGUCAACAUCGAAUGUCAAAGUAUGUACGUUAUCAAGGAAUUAUCAAAACAAAUAUGACACAAAAGAAUCUCCAACCAGCAAUUAUACCAACAAUCAAAACAGGGAUAAAGGCGCUUUUAAAACCCAAUUGAUUGCUUAUUUGGAUAUCAAGAUAUCAGUGAAAAAAGGAACUUAUUUCGUAUCUAUUAAAACGAAUAUUUUCAUUCCGAUGCCGGAAGAAAAUAGAACUAUUAUAGGUACAAGAUCGAUAACAAGAGCAGCAGUUGUAGUCCCUGGCACUUUUCAAAGCACAGCUAGCACUAACACACCUCCUGCCGAUUCAACUACUAGAAACACGCCUCUUCCUACCUCAAUCACUAGCAACGAUAUAAUUUCCUCUGAAUCAAGCAAUCUAAACAACAAUCAAACAAUAGUGUCAGAAAGACAGCCAAUAAAUAGUAAUAACAGCAUAGUUGAUCUUGGUAGUACACCAACUGUAAUGUCACAACUACAGAAAUCGAAUCCAUUCGGAGAGUUGUCAGCACUAGCGGCGAGGAUCAAAUUGAAAGCUACAAUAAGUGGCGCUCAUAGGCUACUACCACAACAAAAAACAUUGCUCAAUCAAAGCUCGUCAAGCUUGACAAGUACAUGUUUGGGAACAGAGGGAUACUCAAACAUGCGCUAUGAUCUCGGUCGAAGGCGCAAUUCAGCUUGA